AAAAGUACAGCUAAAGAGCUCAUCCGCUAGUUAUUUGGGCUAACGUUAGCCGCUAGUUACUGUUCAACGUGGGAGGAAUCAGAGGUUAGCAUUAACCUUACAGCUCAAAUAGACGUUUAUUUGUGUUUCUAGUGCGGCUGUUGUGUGCUGUGUAACCCUGUGUAAGGAAUGGAUGCUACUCAGAUGAUCAGUGACUCGAUCUUGGAGUCAGAUGAGGAAGACAGUGAAGAGGAGAGUGAAGCUAAAAGAGGACGACCGUUGGCUAAACUGUGCAUCUUGAAAAAUGAACACAUUCCUGAGACAGAGUUGCCCCUCUUUUUGGGAGAAAAUGUAUUGGGUCGUGACCCCAACACCUGCACCCUGCUCUUACCAGCGUCCUCAAUAUCCAAACAGCACGCUACCAUCUGCAUCUCUGUCUACGGGAGAAGAGGUUGUCACAGUGAAGGCAUAGAGGCUUUGGUAUGGGACCUAGGGAGCAUGAAUGGGACCCGCAAGGGCCGCUUAAAGCUGACUCCUAACGUACGCUACGCCCUCAGUGAGUGUGACAGUUUGGUAGUGGCGGACAUCCCAUGUCAGUAUGUCAGCUGUGCUGCAGACACUGUCUCUUCUCAAGGGGAUUUGAGGACUCAUGUGAGCAGGACCUCCGGGGUAAAGGACAAAUUUCCAGGUGCCUUGGGAGAAAAGGAAGGUGACACGAGAUGUGUCAACGAAGGUACGAAGGCUAAGGUGUCAUUACCUGAUCUAGAGGACACAAGGAAGACUCCUGUCAGAACCAGUUGCCUUUCCUUUGAGCAAACUCCAACCCAGCCACAGGGGACCCUGGUCCCAGAAUCUGACUUGGACUCAGAUGGAGAAAGAGGGGUAGAAAGAGACAGAAGGCGCAAGGCUUUAGUGUCUGAUUCUGACUCCUAUAAAUCCAGUCCCACCUGUUCAACAUUCUUGAGUCCCACAAACAAAAUCGUCCCUGAAAGUGAAGAUGAAAGUCCCAUCACACCGUCCUCCUCCACAAAAAAUAGGCCUCACAGACAUGUCAGUUUCGGCAAGGAGACAGACGUAGAUGUGGCGCGACAGCAGCUGAAGGAAAAAAAGCCACUUGUGAUUGAGGAUGACAGUGAGGAGGAGAAAGGAAAGGAUGAAGAAAGAGCAGCACUAGCAGGGAGAGAGGCUGAGGAAAGUGGCCAACAUGUGCCAGUGAAACAGGAAAACAAUGUCAGUCUUAUAGGAGAAGAUGAAUUGCCUGUUUCUACACCAGCAGUCUUCACGAAUUCAGUCCCUGCAUUUAACAUGGACAGUGACACUGAUGUGGAGGGAGAGGAAGAAGGGGUGGCAUCUGUGGGUCCUGUGACCUUGAAUACAAACCAACAAUCUGAUCAGCCACCAAACACAGCGCAGUUUCACAUGGACAGUGAUACAGAUGUUGAUGACGAUGAUGAUACCUCAGACAAAGUUCUCAAAGCUGGGCCUUCCUUUGCUGACAACACCAGACCUCCUCAUGUUAUUUCAGUUAUUCAGCCAGAGGGCAUCACUAUGGACAGUGACACUGAUGUGGAUGACGACGAUGCUGCUGCUGUGUCAGAUGCAGCUUCAAAAGAAAAACCCAUGUCAUUUCAGAGCGCAGACACAGCUGACACUGCUCCUUCAACGCAGCUGAAAGAUUUCCACCUAGACAGUGACACGGAUGUUGAUGAGGAAGAAGAAAAUGAAUGUAGAACAAUUAAUACAAGCUCUAAAAUAGAUGAAACUCCUACUAGAUUAGAUAUCAAGCCAAUUGGGCCUGAAUCCGCCCCUAGUGCUCCUCACAGCCUGCAUCUAGACAGUGACACAGAUGAUGAAGGUAUUCCUGCCCCUGCCAUAGGUGAACCCUCGCUGCCGCCUGCUGUCACAGAAUCACGCACCACUGUAGACAUAGGUGCUGAUUUGGAUAUUCUGUCUGACAGUGACAGAGAUUCUCCUCUGGUUAUACCUUUUGUUGCCACAACUUUGUCAUUCGUUCCUGAUACCAUGUCAGAAACUCUUCAGUCAGAUUCUGAUGCAGACACAGAUGUGGAUGAAUCCAGCAUGCCCCCUGCCGAGGGCGGCGUCAAUCCAGCCAACCUUAGUGUGGACAGCGAUACAGAUGUGGAAGGUGAGGAGGUGGAUUUUGGAGGGGCUGGUGAGGGCCAGAUUCCUAGCCUACGCAGAGGAAAUACACCUGGGUUACUGGGUCCCCUUCUGCAGAACUGCUCUACUCCUGUACAGAUGUCAGAAGGAGAAAUGGAAGAUAUGGAGACUCAAUCUUUCGUGAGUCCCUCUUCAGGCCCAUUUAGACGUACAAUAGGUCCUGCUGUAAGACCCAAAGCCUUAUCUUCCUGCUCAGACAGCCAGGAGGAUGAGGACUUUGUCGUGGCCGAGACGCAGUCCUUUGUUCUUCAGACCAGAGACUGCCAGGGCAACCAUUCAGAGGACCACACCAUGGACCCAACCCAAGACUUUCACCUUGAGUCUUCUGGUGAUGAAAAAGGCCAACAGUCCAGCAGAGGAGGGUCUUUCCAGCUGGGACUGUCUGACAGCAGCCACUUGCAGGGUCAGGCCCAAGCUCUAGCCAUGGAGAGCACCCAAGCUUUUGCUUCUGUGGAAGGUGGUGUGAAUCUGGAAGAUACCCAUGCAUAUGCAGCUAUUUCAAAUGAAGAAAGAAGCUCCUUAGAGAAUGAUUCAAAUCUGGAGGCUACACAGGCUUAUGGAGAGAAUGAGGAAUCUGACAGAUGUUCAGCAACGUCUGUAAAAGAAGGCCAGGUAGAUUUGGCCCUAGAAGCAACACAGGCAUAUAUUUCAGAGCCCCACUGUGAUUCAGAUGAUGAUGAUUCCGAUAAAACAGAUGAUGAUGAGAGAAAAAACACUGCUACUUCUGAGACUCAGCCUUUAGACUUUCCCACCUCAUCUACUGUUGCCAUGGCUGAAACCCAACCAAUGUCUGCCUUUGAGGAAGAGGAGAGUUUGGAUAAAGAAAAUCCUGUUUCCUCUGUACUACAAGUUAAGCCCAGAGCACAGACUGAAACAGCAGAGAGGGAAAAACAUGGAGAAGGAGCUCAACUUCAGGGGAGGCAUCUCAGUGAAGCUCUAUCUCUAGCUGAAACUCAGCCCAUGCCUCCAAGUGUCGAUGAGGAAAGUGAUGAUGAGGACUCGAUUCCAGGUCCACGAAAAAGAAAAGCACAGUCUCUGCAGCUUGAAGAGGAGCAGACACAGCCCCUUACUGGUUCUGAGUUAUCGCUUGUUGAAACGCAGCCAAUGCACAUUGGUGUUGAUGAAGCUCAGCCCAUGUCUACAAGUGAAAAUGGGGAAAGCAAUGGUGGGAAAAAAGCAAAACAACUUUGGCUCGAAGAAAAGCCGUCACAAACGCUCACAAACUCUGAUAUCUCUGCUGCUGAAACUCAGUCAAUGAAUACAGGAAAAGAUGGAGAAAGUGACGAAGAGGAGUUGAUUCUUGGUCCACGAAAACGAAAAGUAAAACCACUGCAAUUUGAAGAAGACCAGACACAAACGCUCACUAACUCUCAGCUCUCUUCUGUUGAAACUCAGCCAAUGGAUACAGGUGAACAUGGAGAAAGUGAUGAAGAGGAUUCGAUUCCUGGUCCACGAAAAAGAAAAGCCAAACCGCUGCACUUUGAAGAAGAACAGACACAGUCCCUAACUAGUUGUGAAGUCUCUGCUGUUGAAACCCAGCCCAUAGUCACGGGUGGGGACAGAGAAAGUGAUGAAGAAGACUCAAUUCCAGGCCGACGAAAAAGAAAAGCAAAGCCACUGCAAACUCAAGAAGAGGACACACAACCGCUCACAAAUUCUGAGGCGUCCACUGUUGAAACUCUGCCCCUAGAAACAAAAGCUGACUUGCAGCCUCAGAGGGAAAAGGAGAGACUAUCUGAAGCUGGACCCAGUCGCAUCGCUAUUAUAGGUAAAAGAGGGACAAGGGCAAGAUUAAAAGAAGAAGAGAAGCAGGCAGAGUUUUUGGAAACUCCGAAGAGAGAGACAAGAGGGAAGAAUAGAGCUUUGCCAACUACCAGAGGAAGAAGAGGAAAACCAAGGCCCGAUAAGGAUGAGAGUGAGGAAGAGGAGGUGGUAGAGCAGGCUAAGCGAGCUAGAGGGAAAAAAUCCGUGAGGCAAAAGAAAGAUGGGGAAGAGAAAGAAACGGAAAGAAACAUGCAUGAAAAUAACAGCCUAAUUAAGGAACAAGAAGAAUUGGGAGAGGAAAAAGAACAAAUGGAGGAGAGUCAGCAUAGAAGAGAAGAACAAGAAAAAUUAGAAAGGGAAAGAAAAGAGAAGGAAGAACAAGAAAGAUUACAGGCUGAAAAGGCUGAAGGGUUAAGACUUGAGCGGGAGCAAGCAGAAAAAGAGACAAUAGAAAGGGAAAGAAAGGAACAAGAAGAAAAGGAAAGAGCUGAUAGGACACAAAAGGACAAAGAAGAACAAUUGUUGAGGGAAAGAAAGGAGAAGGAAGAAAGGGGAAGAUUAGAGCGUGAAAAGGCAGAAAGAGUAGAGAAGGAGAGAUUGGAGAGAGAAGAGAAAGCAAGAAUAGAAAAGGAAAGAAAGGAACAGGAAGAAAAAGAGAGACUGGAGACAGCAAAGAGGGAACUAGAACAAAGACUUGAGAGGGAGGAACAAGAAAAACAUGCAAGGCUGGAGAGGGAAGCAAAGGAAAGGGAAGAAAGAGGAAGAUUGGAGAAAGAAAAACAAGAAAAAGAGGCCAAAGAAAAACAAAUAAAAGAGCAACAAGAAAACAAGGCCACAAGAGGUCAGAGAGCAGCCAGAAGAACAAUCGCUGCCCCAUGUACCACAGAGCCAGAACAGGACUCAACCAUAUCAACCAACGAUGAUGUCCCAGCAAGGAGAACUAGAUCUCGCUCCAACUCUUCCAACUCUGUCAACUCAGAGAGGUCUGCCUCAAGUGUUAACACCCAGGAGAGCAGGGGGAGAGGCCGAGGCAGAGGAGCAAAGAGGACGAGUGAGCCCCCCCGGGUGGCCAACGCCAGAAGCAGCAAUAGAAGGAGGACGGUGGCUGCAGAGCCAACAGAACAGGACAGUAAUGAUAUUUCUCCUCAGGGAGUCCUUUUGGGGUCUAACUCUAACAACUCUCUCAACUCUGAGAUUUCCAGCUCCAGCUUAAGCUCUCAGAGCAGAGGAAGAGGAGGCAGGCAGCGAGGAAGAGGGAGGAAAACAGAGGUAGACUCAAUCCCUCCUAUCAAUAGUCAGAGUGAUCAGAAUUCAGCUCCCAAACCUACAGCCAGAGGCAGGAAAAGCAGGAAAACAGGAGAAUCUACAAAUGCAGUUCCCCAUGAAGAUGAUAAAGAGACAGUAGACUCUCAGCAGGCUAGUACCACAAGGGGGCGGCAGCGAGCUAAUGCAAAUAGCUCUGAACCUGCAGCUGCAGAUGAGGAAGACCCUUCAAAUCAGGGGAAAGGACAUGCCAAUGAAGAAUCACUUUUGCCUAAAAGGAAUGUCAGGGGCAGAGGCCAAAAAGCAGUUGAGAUUGAGACUGUGGAGGCACCAGUACCUCCUGCAGUCAGUGAUGGAGAUGAAGAGAAAAGAAAGGGAAGAAAGAGAGAGUUGGAGCCAAAUACGGAGGAGGAUUCCAGCAGUAGCUCCAAAAUUUCCAAAGGGAAGGAAAAAGCCCAAAUGACAAAGGCAGCAGAAGAAACAAAAGGAGUGACAAAAGAUAAGAUUCCUGUCCAGGCUAAGACCAGAGGUAGAGCAUCCAGUGCUCAAGCAAAGAAGAAUGCAAAAGAUUCCCCCACUGAAGUAGAGGUUAAGGAAGAGAGUGAGAAAAUGGAGGAGGAGGCUGUGGAGAGGAGAGGCAGGGGUCGGCCAUCAACAGUCCAGAAAAAGAGGAAAGAGGAGCAGGAAGAAAGUGGAACAUCGGUUGACCAGAAUGCACAUGUGGAGGCAUCAGAGCCCCAGACUCCAACCAGCAGCGUAUCUCGGAAGCGACGGGCUCUUGCAGACUCCUCACCUGUGACAAAGACCCCUCGCUCUUGCUCCGCUUCCCCGGCAGCUAGUGGUCGUUUACGAGCUGCCAGCCAGGCCUUCAAGGUGCUGUUCACAGGCGUGGUGGAUGAAGCAGGGGAGAGAGUGUUGGCCCGUUUAGGAGGCAGCAUGGCUAACGGUGUGGCAGACAUGAACUUUCUGGUGACUGAUAAGGUGCGCAGAACUGUGAAGUUCCUGUGUGCAGUGGCUAAAGGAGUCCCCAUUGUCACCACACACUGGCUGGAAAAGAGUGGUAAGGCUGGGAGCUUCCUGUCUCCCAAUGCUUUCGUUGUGAAGGAUCUGGAGCAGGAGAAGAAAUUCUGUUUCUGCCUUCAGGAGUCUCUGAGGAUUGCCAGCAGUCAGCCUCUCUUACAGGGAUAUGAGAUCCAUGUGACAAAGUCAGUGAAGCCAGAGCCAGUUCAAAUGAAAGACAUAAUCACCUGCAGUGGAGCUACCUUUCUCGCUAAGAUGCCCUCUUCACACAAGCCUCAGACGGUGGUGAUUUCCUGCGAGGAGGACUGGUCGCUGUGUGGCCCAGCUCGCUCUGCAUGUCUCCCAGUCGUCACUGCUGAGUUCAUUCUCACAGGGAUCCUGCAGCAGAAACUCGACUUUCAGACCCACUCGCUCUGUGCCCCUACAAGCAAUCUACAAGCUGCAGGAGGCAGAGGAAGGAGCAGGAAGAAGACUUAGAAAAAAACCCACACUCAAAGAUUACCAUAUAAAUCAGAGACCGGAAGAAACCCUUGUGAGUCAGCUGUUCGUCUGUAUUAAAGACUUGAAGAAUGUAUUUGCCAUAUGCAGCAAAAGGUGGUUGUUCACUUGCAUGGUUGUAAACACACUGUGGAUGCAGCAUUCAUGAAGUUUUACUGUGUUAGCUAUUAGGGCUGGGCAAUAUGGACAAAAUCAUAUAUCACUAUAUUUUUUACCAAAUACCUCAAUAUUGAUAUUGCAACAAUGUUGUAGGGAUGACUAAUGGUGCUUUCACACAAUAUUUACACUGAGAUUUUAUUUAUUUAGUGAGAUCAAUAAUGGGUAUGUAAUAAAUUACUGGGUAAAGAAAAAUAAUAGAACAGCCUGAAAAUGACUCCUUUUACUGUAAUGCAGCCUUUAAAACCACAAAAAAUACAACACUUAUGCCACAUUACUAUAUUGUCUUAGAUUUCGGUCGUCUUAAUAUCUAUUAUCAUAUCACCAUAUUGAUCUAAUAUUGAUAUAUUGCCCCGCCUUAUUAGCUGUCACAUGUUCAAAAUUAAUUUAACAUGUACAGCAUCCCGUUUUGCAGAGUGAUGGAAGAAACAAAAUAUGACAACAAUCUACAGAACAGUGUUUUUUUUACAGCCUCAUCUUUUUGCCUUGUACAUUUGAAAAAAUUUAGUUUUUAACGUUGCAAAAGCUAAAAGCAAUGCUGCUGCUAUGCAAGGUGGGAAAUAUGAGCCCAUUAAUCGUUCUUGUCACUUCACCCCUCUCAUCCUCCCCUGUGCUCCACCCCCUCUCUUUGUACAACGAUAGGAAGCAGAGCAGGAAUUAACGCUGCAAAAUUACUGCUACUCUCUGUGUGCUAAGUGCUUCAACUCAAUCAGCCAGUUUGGCAGGUAACCAGCCUUGAAGUAGGAGUUGUAUAAUCAUGUUUGGGUGGUGGAAUAGUGGAACCGAUGGGGGUGUGAUUUGAGAUCCAUCAACUACAGUGGCCACUGGAUGAAAAAAAAGCUUGUUUACUGUCCUGAUAAGAAGUAUGUUGUGCCUUUUUUAUACCAAGGUAAUCAUGAACCUACCGGUGUGUCUGCUGUUCCUCUGUCUCCAUUAACCACCACCACCACCUACUCCAUUAAGGCUUCAUUGAAACCUAUUAUGUCCAGGGAAGAGACAUGAUAUAGGCUCCUGAAUGCUGAUGCUGCUUCUACAUCAAUAUCUUAUAGUGUUUGUCCUCCUACUGUGUGUUCAUUUAGCUGUUAUGUAUUCAUGUUGUUAGUAUGCUCAAGAACAUGGUAUACAGUACGCACAUUUGGUUUCUUUCCUGACCCACUCUAGAUAUUUAAACUUGCUGUGUGAUUGGUGUUUUAAAGACAGACUCGUUAGCUUGUAACUAAGUUUGAUUUUAGAACUGCUAAAUAGCUAAAGUUUGUAUUUGUAUGAAAUCAUGAAAUCUAUGUAUUGCCAAUGAAAACAUUAAACUGUUUAUAUUAUUUAACUAAAUGUGUAUUUAAUUUUGCAACAGUAUGCUUAUUAGACAAAUUUUGGUACUCUAGUAUUUGUAUUGUUUACAUGUCGAUGUGUUGCUCAGUUGAGGAAAGCCACAGGAUUCAUGUCAGACCCUUUUUUUUUGUCAAACUGCCAUUUCCAUUGUCAAGAAUGAACCUUAAAGCUCAAAGCAGAAAGUUUAGUUCAGGACUUGAGAUUCAUGAGGACCACUGGCUUUGUUUUAGGAGGGUCUCUCUCUUUGUAUCCAUUUAACUUAAAGAAUAUGCCAGAUUUACUCUUCCUCCUCGUCCUUUAUCUAGAGAAUAACAGCUCAUGUCUCUUUCUUAAAACCUUUUUUGUUUUUCAAGAGGUCUUGGUGAGAGUUGUUGUACUAAACAGGUGGGCAUCUUCCAACACAUCUGAGCUGUUUGUAUUUUAAGCUUAAACAGUGAAAAGGGUUUGAGGUUAGAAGCUGAAAUGCACAGAUUUUAUUUGUCUUCUAUUUCUGGCAUUAUAUUGGCCAAAUCCCCUUAAAUGUACU